AUCAUGAUAUGGGAGUUAUAGAAACACAAGAUCCUAGCUGGCCUGGAUCUGGUUCCGUAUGGUUAAAGGUUUAUCCAAAGGGCAUGUACAAUCUUUUGAUGUGGAUUAAAAAUGAGUACAAUGAUCCAAUCAUUAUAGUGACUGAAAAUGGGGUUAGUGACAGAGGUGGCUUGGAAGAUUAUGAUCGUGUUGAUUACUACAACUUAUAUUUGACAUCUGUAUUGGAUGCAAUUGACGAUGGUGCUAAUAUUCAGGGAUAUAUUGCUUGGAGUUUAAUGGAUAGCUAUGAAUGGAAAGCUGGAUUCGCAGAAAAAUUUGGUUUAUAUCAUGUGGAUUUCACACAUCCUAAUCGUACCCGAACUCCAAAGAUUUCAGCACAAGUUUACGCUCAUAUCUGCAAAACAAAUAUGAUUGAUUGGAAUUAUCGACCCACUUUAAAUGAACAACAAAUAUCUGCAAUGGCACGUCUUCCGGAAACUGAUUACACCGCAUCAGGGGCUGUUAUUAACAGCAGAAACGUGGUAUGGUUAAGCACGUUAUUUAGUGUUGUUUCAGGUGUUCUGUUUGGUGUAAUUUUAAGAUCCUAAAGUUUUAUUUAUUAAUUUGUUAUUAUUUAUUUUUUUUUAUUUAUGUAAAUUUUUAUUUAUCGUUUUUGUUUAU